AAAUUAUGGAAUUUUUAUAAUCACAACCCCUAUCCGUCUCUCUUGUAUAAAUCGUAAGCAAAUUCCACGGCCAUGAUUCCACGUCUUCCAAGUUCCAACUCUUAUCAUCAUAGGCUCAAAAGUUUAAGAAGAAAUAUGGUAGUGCAGUCGCCUGUUCCCGUGAGAACCAAGAAAACCAAGGCAGUAGGGAUUCCUACACUUGAUCUUUCUCUUGACAGGUCCAUAGUGUCGAAGCUGGUCGUCGAAGCUUGUGAAGACUAUGGAUUUUUUAAGGUCACUAACCAUGGCGUCCCAAGGGAGAUAAUCUCCAGAUUGGAAGACGAGGGGUUUCGGUUUUUCAACAAACCGGCUCCCGAUAAGCAACAGGCGGUGCCUGCCGGCAGUUUUGGUUAUGGUUCCAAAAACAUUGGCCUCCAUGGCGAUAAGGGUGAGCUUGAGUAUCUUCUCCUCCCCACCAAUCCUUGCUCCAUUGUCCAAACAUCCAAUACCAUCUCCCAGGAGCCUAAAAAUUUCAGUAGUGCUGCGAAUGAGUACAUAAAAGCAGUGAGGGAGUUAGCAAGCGAGAUUCUAGAUCUAGUGGCUGAGGGUCUAUGGCUCCAAGACAAGUACGCCUUCAGUAAACUAAUCACAGACGUCGAAAGCGACUCCAUAUUACGGUUCAACCAUUAUCCUCCCCUAUCUUCAACACCAUGCAAAGACGAUGUUGAAGUUGGGUUCGGCGAGCAUUCCGACCCUCAGAUCCUCACCAUUUUUCGAUCCAAUGAUGUUGGUGGCCUCCAAAUCGCUUUGCGUGAUGGGUUUUGGAUCCCAGUCCCCCCUGACCCUACCCAAUUCUUCGUCAUCGUCGGAGAUGCCUUGCGGGUUUUGACAAACGAGAGAUUUAGGAGCGCUAGACAUAGAGCAAUGGCGAAUUCAACUGAAAAUUCAAGAAUGUCAAUCAUGUACUUCGGGGCACCUCCGCUUAACACAACCAUCUCCCCACUCCCACAACUGGUCUCAUCGGAAAAUCCCAGCCUGUACAAGCCCUUUACUUGGGGUGACUACAAGAAAGCUGCCUACUCCUUACGCUUGGGGGAUCCACGUCUUGACCUUUUCAAGGCUUCAUUCAUUUCCACCAAUCAAAUCCAUAUUAUGUAAAGUAUAUGUAGGCCUCAACUUGAUGGGGGAUUUCAUUCUAUUUAUAUUAGCUCUGGAAAUUUUCUUUUAUCUGAUGCCCUUCUUUAGUCCUAACUAAUUUAAGGGAUAUCUACAGGUAGACUGUCUUUGCUGUUGGCCAAGAAUGGCUCACCUAGCCAAUUGCGCCAUAUUUUUAUCCAUCAUUCCAUUUUUUUUUUGUUGCAAAAUUUUCAAAUGUAGACAUUAACAGUUAAGAAAAAAAAUUGCAGUUACUGCACAUGCUAAAACAAGCAUUAAAGAAUCCAAAGGAAUCUGGUAUCUUUAUAUUUAAAGAUUAAAUAAACCGACUUAACCUGUUAAUUUCCAUCAAGAAAGGAAUGGCCUCGAGAUUGGGGAAAACAUUGUUUUUUUCCAACUACCAAGAACAACAAUGGAAACCGAAAAUUUUAUCAAUUAUUCUUAAACUACAAGAAGCAACAAAUGACAAAGUUUGCAAGAAACAAAAGAACACGAUAAACCAAAACAUUUUAACGGACGUAGAAACAUCAAUAAUUCCGAAAGGGG